AUGUUGCCCCUCGGAAAGCCAAAAACGAUAACCCAUACCUAUGCACCUUUGUCUCCGGAAUUCUUUUCACAAGUUGAGGAGACUUCUGCUGAGGAGCGAACGACAUAUGAGGGAGGUUGUCAUUGUGGUGCUAUUACUUUCACUGUAACACUAAAAUGGCCAUUUCCAAAAUAUACCGUUAAUUCGUGUAAUUGUUCAGUUUGUACACAUAAUGGAUAUUUAUUAGCUUAUCCCAUGAGACAAGAUGUUAAGCUUUCAGAAGGUGCGGAAGAAAAAAUGGGCUCUUAUAGAUGGGGAAAUAAGAUUGCGGAUCAUAGAUUCUGUAAAAAUUGUGGAAAUAGUAUUUUGGUUGAUUUGUGUCGACCAGAUGCGUUUGGGGAAACGGAUCCUAGAAAGGAUAUGAUUGCUAUCAAUGUGCGAAAUUUCAAGGACAUCGAUCUUGAUGAAAUGAGUUAUACCCAUUUUGAUGGGAGAAGCAUUAUUUAA